AAUGAAACUCUCUUUGUACUGCUGUUAAAACUUUUCUACAACUCUUACAGUUUUAAUUAUUUUGCCAUUACAGAGGCAUUCUGCAUCCUUUUGCCAUUUUCCUUCAUUGGAGGUUUUUUCCUGUGCAUAUUUGAAUACAUUGAAGCUCUGAUGGACUUUUCUUUCCUUCAAACUGCAGGUCUAUAUUAACACACUUGUGUUUGUAUUUUGGGGUUGGGUGGCUGGAAAUGGCAAAUGCAAACUACACUGUGACAAAUGUGGACAGCUUUAUAAUCACUGGAUUUGAUCACCUGCCAAACCAAAAACUACUUGGAUUCCUCAUUUUAUUAGCCUACAUGCUCAUAUUGCUUGGGAACAUCUUAAAUCUGUACAUCAUCUUGACUGCCAGACAUUUACACAAACCAAUGUAUAUAUUAAUCUCUAACCUUGCUAUCGUUGACAUGGUGUACUCAUCUGCCUGCAGCACAACUAUGAUAUCAGUGCUGCUGGCUGAGAUUAAAACUGUUUCAUAUUACUCUUGUAUUUCAAGAAUGUUCUUCUAUCAUCUUGGUGAUAUCACAGAAUGCCUUGGUCUGACAUUAAUGGCAUUAGACCGACUUAUUGCAAUUACGUUUCCAUUAAGGUACCACAGCAUUGUAACAAAUUCUAGAAUAUUUCUUUGUAUUUUGCUCACCUGGCUUAUUGGCUUUGUUUUAAUAGUUGUUUUGGUAUCUAUAAUAGAUAGUCUUCCAUACUGCCAGCCGGUAAUCAGAUAUGUUUUUUGUGACUUUCCUUCCAUAAUCAGGGCUGCUUGUGUUGAUCCUGAACCCUAUUUUGCCAAUUCUGCAAUACUUAGUUUGUGGGUAAUUUUUGGACAGCUUCCCUUCAUUGUGUGCACGUAUGUAGUGCUGGCAUACAGUGUGGCCAAACUCUCCAACAACUCAAACAAAAAGCAAAUGAUCAACACAUGCUUAAGUCACCUUAUAGUCUUAUUUAGUUAUUACGGUCCAAAGGUGGUUUUCGGCUUACUAACUCGAGUAGGGGUUGUGCUAAAUUUAACAGAGCGAAAUGCACUAACGAUUGUUGCGUCUCUGAUUCCACCACUAGUAAACCCCACAGUUUAUUCAAUGAGAACUAAAGAGAUCAGGAAACGUUUAGCAGAUGUGUUUCUACACAAAAAAGUCUUACCGAUUAAUUUAAAGACAGCACUGUCAUAAUAUUAUUUGUCUGUAAAUAAUUUGUUGUUUUAAAUGACAAUCAUGCAUGUUUUCAUUGUGUUUUUGUGAUUUUUUUUUUUUUUUUUGCUCAGUUUGGAGACUAUGCCAAAGCAUUCAUAUACUAUGUUGAUGUUUUCUAUUAUUUGCUUUCAA